CUCUGCUGAAGCUGUGUGUUGCUGUUCAGACUGGCUGCACCUGAGCAGAGCAAACUGUUCUGCUGAGCUUCAGUCAGGUAUGUCAGUCUUUCUGUGCAGCAGCUAACCUGCUGUGUGAGUUGGAGGAAAUGGGUGUUCAUAUAAAAAAACUGGCUAGCUGCAAGUAUUAAACAAUCAGGACACACCAACACACAAAGCAGCUCUUGGAUAUGCCACAAGAACAGAACUGGGAGUGAUAACAGCUUUCUGAGCACCUGUCCUGCUUUGUCAAUUUGUGUACCUCCUGUAUGAAGUCUGUCAAACAAGUGGACAGGCACAGGGCUGUGGUCUGGGGGGUGUAUGAAGGCAUUCUGAAGUCCUUCUACAAAUGCUUUUAGUUGUGAAGUUAAACAUUAGAAGUGGAAGAGAUGACAACUUUCUUCUGUUGCUUACAUGAAAGUCUCUCUAAAUUCAAAGCAUAAUCAAGAUGAUUGUGCUCUGUUGGUACUAUUUGUAAGGUUCUUCAGUGUCAAAACUUGCAGUCAGGUGCUGAAGGAUGAUUACAGUGUGAAGCACCUUUAAUUUCCGUGAAUCCUCUUGCAAGCAGCCGUUUGAAUUUGUCUCUGGAACAUAAGGCACUGAAAGCAUUAGGUUUCACAAAACUGAAAAACGUGCAUCUAAUUGCAUGAGUUCAGUGUGUCUCUGAGGCUGUUGCUGCUGAGUUUCAGGAGUCUCCUCAGAUCAUCACCGUCUCCUUUCUUCCAUAACCAGCUUUGCUAAACUGCUUGUCCACGUGAGCUACCUUUACAUGCAUGGCUGCUUGACUGAAGACCAUUCUUGCUGCUUUUGAAGCCUGUGAUCUCUGGGGAAGGAGCACCAGCCACUGUGUGGGUUUCUUACGUUAAAGAGCUGCAUUCUGAAUGGAAUAGCACACCAAUUUCAAGAGCAAAGUACGCCCUGUUCCAUGGUUCAGCUUCACCCAUCUGAUGCGUUGAUUCCACUCUGGUUGAAAAAUAACCCUUCAGCUUCUGCAAGUAAAGAGCAGUCGGUUUUAUAAGUAACCUAUAAUCUCUUAGCAAUGUGCUCAAAGGCAGAGAGGGGUUCAAGUUAGUUUUUCCUUAUGCAUGCUAGGGCUGGAUGAGGGUAUAUUUAAGCUAGGCUGUUUUCCAUGUGUUUGCUCCUUUGUCCCCUUGCACUGGGAACUAAACACUCUUCCUGUGAGUACCACAGGGCUGUGCACAGGAGCAGGAGUGAAAGGCCGAGAGAAAGCAGUGUGCUGACAUUGUCUGUUUUCCAGCUGUUUGUCCUGCAGGGCCUGAAACUGAAAGGAUUUUUGUUCUGAUGCAUCCCGGCCAUUAUCUCUUGUAAUUAAAAAAUGGGAUUACAGCCUGUUUUCAUCACAGCGAGUUCCUCACGAGUGUUAUGUAAGAGCCUUUAUUGUUUCUUAAAAGCUGUGGGAUAGGUAUUUAUUUCUACUGAGAGAAUAUCAUGUAAUCACUGCUUAUAAGAACUGAGUCCUACACAAACUGCCUCAGGCCAUUUAAACACACUAACCUUUAUUUUAACAACUGCUUCAUUUUAUUCAAAUCGUGGGGAAAAAUCUCUAUUUAUACCUCAGUGAGAUGUUCUCAUAACCUAAUGAUCUCUCCUUGGGGUUACUUGGAGUGUUCCUUUUUCAAAGCAAACUAACUGAACAGCAGUCUGCCUCUUUUUAACAGUUGUUCUUCAUUUCUCAGUUGUUAGGUAAGUUCAGAAACCUUAUUGCUUGCUUUUCAUACGGCAAAAGUGAACCAUAGACAGCAGAACAAAGUAGAAUUAGACUCAGCUUUGGAACCUGGUCCAGCGUGGCCUGGAUUUGGCAGCUGGUGCCUGACCUCAGGACCCUUCAGGCUGAGUACUAUUCACAGUGCACUGUGUGGUGGCAGUCUGGCAUUCAGACUUUUCCUCUGCAGCCUUAAACACAGCUUGUUACAGCGCAGACAGAGCUGCAGGGGAAGCUGAUGGAGACUGCCUCAAACAGAGAUGUGUUCUGAUGCUGUAGUUCUAAUGCUGUAGUUGCUGGGCACUGAUGAGCUUAGUUCCCUCUGUAAUUUAGUUAUUAUUAUUAGGUUAGAUGUGUUGUAAAUCCAAUAGCAUCUAUAGUGCUACACUGGUCAUUCGGUGGUAGCAAAGUACAUCCAAGUGCAGCAGUGGGAAUUAACAUUUUGCCACCAGCAGAGUGGUUAAACAUUAACGCUGUCUUCUGACUUUGUCUUUAAUAACCCAGAGAAGUACUAUGCUUACAUGUUUAGUUUGCAUUGUGAGCUGCUCCUUGGAGUCUUGGUUCAGUUGCUUGUGCAGCGGUGCAGUAACCUGUGAGCUGGACAGCUGGCCUGUGCUGGAACUUGGCAUCUUCUGUUUGCCUUGUGUUUCCAGCUCCACUGAGCUACUGACCUCAUUUGAUAAAAACUUCAGGGUGGCAUUGCUGUAUCAAGUGAUACAGCAAGUGCAGCUUGUGAAUACAAACUCAGUAUGGUUGUUUAAUGGAAGUUUUGUGAAUGUGUGUUGAAAUGCAGGGUCAUUUUGGCAAGCUGCUUCCUCCCACUGUGCCUCUCAGUGUCCAGUCCUGCUGUCAUCCAGUAAGUGUUGGGAUAGCUGGGUAUAACAAGGAAUAGAAUAAUUGUGUACCAGCAAAAGCAGAUUGUAAUCAUUAUCAGAAGUGUAGUGUGGGUUAACAGUGCACUUUGUAGUUUUGAGCCUGGGCUUCAUUAGCAUUCUGGCAUUUUGUAUUGGUUCUGUGUAUCUCCCAAGCUUUGUACAGAUUGCUGCUGGGAGGUAUGGAAGAAAUGUGGCAUCUGUUUGCAGAAGGGAAAUGGUGGCAUCCAAUGGUUGGCUGAAUUUGUCUUAACUUGUGCACUGAAUUUCUAGAUACAGAAAUCUGAAUUACUCACCACUGGUACCUCCAGAGGCAAAUGCAUCUGACCACCCCCAGAUUCUUGUAGGAUGAAUUGCUCUCUGGAUAUUGCCAUUUUUUUCCAUGGACUGUAAAGAUAAUCAUGGAUGACGAGCUCAAAUUUGAGCUUUUAAACAUUCAGUUUAGAGAUGAUGCAUCCUAUGUAAAGUGACCCAUCCAGGAGUAUGAGGGAAGCUUCUGGAACACAGUAUUAAACUCAGAGCAUUCCGGCUCCAUUUAGUUUUAUUGUUAAAUUACUGUCAGUAAAAACUGUCAGUUAAAGUUUUAGAGUUUUAAUUUUUCUCAAAACUGUGUAAACAUUUUGCCUUGAAAAUGAUCUGAUGUUGGCUUUCCAUCAAGUCUGGCAGAAUUCCUAUCUGUGAACAGAGAUGGAGCACUGCAAUCCUCAUCCAUGUUUUAGGGGAGUCCUGAUUUCUUUUCAGUUGUGAACUCUAUCAGCAAUUUCCAGUUUGAGCAUGGAUUGAUCUUGUACACAGCGUCCUGCACUGAGGGCUAAUAGGUAAAAGUAAAAGGUAAGGUAAAAGUCCUAAGAGCCAAUUUGUUCGCUUCCACUGAGAAGUCUCCGCCAAACUAACAAGCCUUACACCUGUCAAGUUACCUUUUCUCACUGUCCUCCAGUUUGCAAGACCUGGGGCAAAGUAAUUCACCUUCCAGAGCAAAGAUCCUUGACAGAAAAUCGUGCAGGUCUUUAAUAGCCCCAGGACCAGCUGGGUUUGCAUCCGCACUUACAGCACAAGGUAUCACCAAAUGCAGGAGGGGGCAGACCUGCUGACGGUCACACUGCCUUGCUGAUGAAGAUAAAGAGCCAACCAGGACCUGGAAACAAGCACCUGAAAAGAUGCUGGCGUUGUUUGAAACUGGAUGGAGAGAUGAAUCAUGCUGAGACAACUUACAGGAAGAGCUGUCCUGUGGAAAUCCUCAGUUGCACAGUACCCAAUGUUCACCAGGAGAUCACACUCCUUUGCUGGAGCCGGGGGCUGCCGGUUCAGCUGGAAACCGCAGUGCUUCUGGAUGACGUUUUCCCCUCCUCCCACUGAAUCAGCCUUCUAUUUACCCACUGGAAUGCAAAGUAACAGGACACCCUGACAUGAACAACCUGGAGGAAGGGGUGGAGUUCCUCCCUGCCAUGAACUCCAAGAAGAUGGAGAAGCGUGGCCCGAAGCGAAGGGUAGUUGUGGCCAUUCUGAUCAUUGCUUUUCUGCUCAUCUCCCUUGUCACUGGCCUCCUGGUUUGGCACUUCAAAUACAGGAACGCUCCUGUGCGGAAAGUCUUCAACGGCCACCUGCGAAUUCUGAACUGGGAAUUCAUCGAUGCCUAUGAGGACUCCAGUUCUCCAGACUUCAUCAUGCUGGCUAAGAAGGUGAAGAGCACGGUAGAAGAUAUCUACAGGAGUCAUCCAGAUAUUGGUCCUUACCAUAAGGAGACAGUAAUCACUGCGUUCAGCGAAGGCAGUGUCAUUGCCUACUACAUGUCAGAGUUCAUCGUCCCCAAGUACUGCGAGGAGAAGCUUGACAGCGCCAUGGCAGACAGGCAGAAUUUGGUGCAGAGGCUGAACCCACGGCUGCGAAACCCCAUGCUGAGGGUGGAGUCGGUCAUCGCUUUCCCUGCCGACCCCAGCAUCGCUCAGAGUCCUCGGGACAAUAGUUGCCUUUUCACCCUCCACGCCAAGGAAGGGGAGAUCACCAGUUUCACCACGCCAGGGUUCCCCCACAGCCCGUACCCCAACAAUGCACGCUGCUACUGGACACUGAGGGCAGAUGCCAACUCCAUCAUCAGCCUGACCUUCAAGACACUGGACUUGGAGCAGUGCACAGACAGCAGUGACUACAUCAAGGUGUAUAACUCUCUGAGCCCUGUGGAGCCCCAUGCUUUGGUGAGGCUCUGUGGGAACUAUGCUCCUUCGUACAACCUGACCUUCCUGUCCUCCCAGAACGUUAUGCUCGUCACAUUGAUUACCAACAAGGAGGGGAGAUUCCCUGGCUUCAAGGCUGAAUUCUUCCAGCUCCCAAAGAUGAAAGCGUGUGGUGGGACUCUAAGAGGAGAGAGUGGCACUUUCACCACUCCCUAUUACCCAGCACACUACCCACCAGCCACGGACUGUGUCUGGAACAUAGAGGUUCCCUCUAAAAAGAACGUGAAGGUGCGUUUCAAUAUGUUCUUUGUGCUGGAGCCCGGGGUCCCAGUCAGCUCCUGCACCAAGGACUAUGUGCAGGUCAACAACACAAGGUACUGCGGGGAACGUUCCCAGUUUGUGGUGGCCAGCAGCACCAACAAGAUAGCAGUGUAUUUCCACUCAGACCGUUCCUACACAGACACUGGUUUCUCUGCAGAAUACCUGUCCUACGACUCCAGCGACCCCUGCCCUGGCAAGUUUGCCUGCAACACCGGGCGCUGCAUUGAGAAAAGCAUGCGCUGCGACGGCUGGUUGGACUGCGUGGAUGGCAGUGAUGAGCGGUCCUGCACCUGUACCGACCAGCAGUUCAAGUGCCAGAAUGGCUGGUGCAAGCCCAAAUUCUGGCUCUGUGACAACGUGAACGACUGCGGUGACAACAGCGAUGAGUUGCAGUGCAGUUGUGCAAACGACAGCUUCAAGUGCAGCAAUGGGAAGUGCAUCCUCAGCACACAGAAGUGUGAUGGCAAGGACGACUGCGGAGAUGGGAGCGACGAGGGCACCUGCAGCAAAGCAGCCCAGUCAACAGUUGCCUGCAAAGAGUACACAUACAAGUGUCGCAAUGGACUCUGCAUCAGCAAGCAGAACCCAGAGUGUGAUGGGCAGAAUGACUGUGAAGACAAUUCUGAUGAGGACAACUGCAACUGCGGGACCCGCUCCUACGUUAGGAAAUCACGGAUUGUUGGUGGGCAGAACUCAGAUGUGGGAGAGUGGCCGUGGCAGGUCAGCCUCCAUGCCAAGAGCCAGGGCCACGUCUGCGGAGCCUCGCUCAUCUCAGAGAGCUGGCUGGUGUCAGCAGCACAUUGCUUCCUGCAGAUUCAAGGCAUCAGGUACUCAGAUGCCAGCCUGUGGACAGCCUACCUGGGCCUGACCAACCAGAGCAAACGCAACGAUGCCAACGUGCAAAUGAGGCAAAUCAAGCGCAUCAUCUCCCACCCCUACUUCAAUGACUACACCUACGACUACGAUAUUGCUGUCCUGGAGCUGCAGAGCCCUGUCACCUUCUCCUCUGUCGUCCAGCCCAUCUGCCUGCCCGAUUCCACACACAACUUCCCCGUGGGCAAGGACCUGUGGGUGACCGGAUGGGGAGCGACUGUGGAAGGAGGCAGUGGAUCCACCAUCUUGCAGAAGGCAGAAAUCCGGGUUAUUAAUCAGACUAUCUGCAACCAGCUGCUGACCGACCAGCUGACGCAGCGCAUGAUGUGUGUGGGGGUCCUGACGGGCGGCGUGGACGCGUGCCAGGGAGACUCAGGAGGGCCCCUGGUCAGCGUGGAGGACAGCGGGCGGAUGUUCCUGGCUGGCGUUGUGAGCUGGGGCGAUGGCUGUGCACAGAGAAACAAGCCUGGAGUCUACAGCCGGCUGACAGCCCUGCGGACGUGGAUCAAGGAGCAGACGGGGCUCUAGGGGCUCUGUGCACAACCCCCAGCCACAGCCACCUCCUGCACAGCACCGCCUGGGCACAAUGCAGGGCUGUGAGGCACUGCCUGAGGAGCUGCCUCCAGUGUGAGCCUCUACCUCACCGCCUCCAAGACUCCCAACCCUGGGCUGCUGGGUGAGCGCAGCCCUCAGUACUUCGUCCUCCCAAAGCCACGUCUCCACCUCUUGAUUUCUCUCUGAUGGGGAAGCGAAGGCGGUUCCCAACCCAACCCUGAAUGAGCAGUCAGGGAACAGAGAAUUACCAAAAUUUCAACUUUAUUUAAAAAAAAAAAAACAAAAAAAAAAACUUAAAAAAAAAAUUAAAAAAAAAAAAAAAAAAAGAAAAAAACACUCAGUGUUUUUCGAAGCAAGCUUCCUGGGAGAGGUUCAAAACAGUCUCUCAUCAUCUAUUUCAUCUCAUUCAUUUAUCUCAUUAAAUUGUUUUUAAAUUGUCAUCUGCAAUCUUCCAUCUGGUCUUCAGUGAUGAGGGGGGAGAAGCUGUCAGCCUGUGUCCAGCUUGGCUUCUGCUCUUCUGUCCAUGCAACGCUGCGUAAGGAGCCCAGGGCUGCAGCACUGAGGGAGAGAAGCAGAGCUGCAAUGUGGCUGUGGAGGGAAACCUGGAAAAGGCAGGGCCCUGCCCCGAGAGCAGAGAAAUAGGCAUUACCUUCUCCUCGUGCUUCACGUUGCUCCUUGGUUGCUCCAUUCCCACUGCACUGAGGUGCUGCACUGCGCCGUGACUUCGUCCUCACAGGGAGAUCCCAGGGACAGACAGGGGUGUUCCCACAGCUUGGCCCCUGCAGAAACAAAACAGGUUAGCUGGGCCUGCUCCCCAGCUGUCGGAUCCCCCACUCUUUUUACCUGUUUUAAGGAAAAAAAUGCAACCCUGUGACUGCUGAAUGUGAUUUCUUUUUCCUGUGUAGCCCAGUCCUGACCCCAGGAGAACACACUCCCAGUGAAUGUAGUUAAAUCUUUAUCUGUAAAUACAUUAUUUUUUUUUUGUAAGACUCUCUAUGAAAUGGAAGUGCUCUAAUAAACUGGGAUAUUUUAUAA